AUGGCGGCCGCCGCCUCCGGCUCCGCCACCGGCGGCGGGGCCCGGCUCGUGGACCGCUGCAUCGACGCGGCAGCGCGCGGCCCCGCCACUGUGGAGGCCUGGCGCCGGCAGCGCCGCUCCCUGGAGCGCCUCCCGGUCCCGCUCGCCGACGCGCUGUUCCGCCGCCUCGCCGCGCGUCGCCUCCUCUUCCCCUCCCUCCUCGAGAUGUUUGGCCGGUCGGUGGAGGAGGUUGACCUGAGUGGAUUUCUAUCCGUGGAUUCUGAGUGGCUGGCGUACCUCGGCUCCUUCCGGUACCUGAGGGUCCUGAAGUUGGCGGACUGCAAGAACGUCGACAAUGACGCUGUCUGGUCACUCUCUGGAAUGAACACAUUAAAGGAGCUGGACUUGUCAAGGUGCAAAAAGAUCUCUGAUGCUGGCAUCAAACAUAUAGUGACCAUUGAAAGCUUGGAGAAGCUGCACUUAUCUGAGACUGAAUUGAUGGACAAUGGAGUGAUGCUCAUUUCUUCACUGACAAAUCUAAGUUUCCUUGAUCUGGGUGGAAUUCUCAUGACAGACAAAAGCCUACAGUCUUUACAGGUAUUGACAAGACUUGAGCAUCUUGAUAUAUGGGGUAGUGAAACUACAAAUGAGGGAGCUUCUGCUCUGAAAUCCUAUGCAAGGCUGAUAUUCUUGAAUCUUGCGUUGACACGUGUCAACCAUUUAUCAAUUCCUCCAACCACACGCUGUCUAAAUAUGAGCAACUGCGAAAUUCAUUCUAUUUGUGCUGAGGAUUCUGAAGUUCCUGUUCCUCUAGAAAACUUUAUUGUCUCUGCAGCUACAUUUGGCAAUAUUGAUAAAGUAUUUUCUAGCAUCCAAGCAAGCUCACUGACACAUUUGGACUUGUCUAGCUGCAAGUUAAGCAGCUUGUCUUUCUUGGAAAAGAUGAAAAAUCUAGAGCAUCUGGACCGUAGCUACAACAUAAUAACUGAUGGUGCAAUUGAACAUAUUGCGAAGCUUGGAACAAACUUGCAAUAUUUGAGCCUCAAGAAUACUGGAAUAACUUCACAGGCACUAUGUAUUCUGGCAGGGACAGUUCCAAACCUCACCUCACUGUCUUUAGCUAAUACAAAAAUUGAUGACUCUGCUCUAGCAUAUAUUGGCAUGAUACCGUUGCUGCGAACGAUAGAUUUAAGCCAGACAAGUAUCAAAGGUUGUGCUCUUGCUUACUAA